AUGGAAGGGGUGCAGCUUUGCGUGCCCCGACAUGGGGUCGAGGACAACGAGGAGGAGCAGGACUGGGAGCUCGAGCAAGGGCUGCUGUCCCUCUUUGCCACGAGCGACAAAGCAAAUCCUUCUUCGGCUGAGAAUAGUGGUGAAGAAGAUUCUUCUCCCAUGCUCACCACACACACGUACACGCGCAGAGACCCGACAGCCCUCCCGCUGGAACUAGAGAUUAGUCUGCUUUCAUGCCGCCAUUCCCUGUGGGGCCACAAGCUCUGGAAUGCGGCCAAAGUUCUCGGGGAGAUGAUCGACAGUCGACCGUCCCUUGUUCAAGGAAAAUAUUGCUUGGAGCUGGGAGCAGGGGCCGCGCUUCCUUCCCUUCUGGCUGCCUUAAACGGGGCGAGGCGGGUCGUGUGUUCGGAUUAUGCCACCAGCACGGACCGCGUCCUGGUGGCAGCCAUGCAAACGAACAUUGACAGGCUGGUGGCUCAGGCAUUCUUACCGCACGACGUAUUAAGGGCGGUCGGAUACGUGUGGGGCCAGCCGAUCAACAGUCUGCUGGCGCCUUUGCAGGAGGAAAAGGGAGGGGGAGUGAGCAAGUUUCAGGUGAUCUUGUGCGCGGACCUGAUUUUCAAUCGAAGUGAGCACAAAAAAUUAUUGUGGACGUGCAAGACGUGUUUGGAAGAGGAUGGCGAGGUGCUUGUGACCUACUCGCACCAUGAUCCGGGAAAGCGUGCAUUAGACAUGGCUUUUUUCGCAUUAGCCACGCAAGAGGAAGAAAGGGAGGAAGGGGUGGAGGGCGCUGCGCCUUGUUGUGGACGAACUCUUGCAUGA